UGUGCGUCCGGCCGCCGCGCGCUCAGUCUCGCUACCACCUUCCUUCCCGGCCGCCGCCCCGUCCUGCGGGGCGCGUAGCGGCGGAACCCGAGCGGGUGGGCGAGCCUGGAGACCCGCGGCCUCGGGCGCCUUCACGCCGUCUCGGAGCGGAUAACGCUGUGAGGAGGCGCCGCGCCGGCGGACCAGCUGGAUCUGCUCGUAGCGGGUAGGGACUGCGUGCGCCCUCGGGAAGCGUCGGUGCGGGGCGCCCGGCCCGGGGGCUGCGAGCGGCUGGGAUCCUCGGGGCUGCUGGCUGGAAGAAUUGAACCUGGAGAUAAAGGAUGCCUGUAUGUGUAUAGGAGAAGUUAGCCCUGUGUGCCAUUGACAGAAGGAAUUAUCCUCUGAUCAAGCUGGAGGUUUCUCCAUGUUGUGGAAGGGACUGGAUGAUGUAACCGGCUUUCCAGAAAGCCCCACUUGGCUGUAACUUCAGGAAGGUCUCUUAGAUCCCAUCUCAUUUCAGAGCCACUUCUGAAGCUACUUGAGAAAAAUGAUGUGACAAUUCCUAUCAAAAAGGAUUUUCGGAAACAUAGAACAUCUGUGAAGAAAGUGGCCCUUUUUCCCUUUUGCAAAAUAGACAUUCUCAAAUUCCAAAAUGCCAGCCAAGACCCCGAUUUACCUGAAAGCUGCCAAUAACAAGAAAGGAAAGAAAUUUAAACUGCGGGACAUUUUGUCCCCCGAUAUGAUCAGUCCUCCCCUCGGAGACUUUCGCCACACCAUCCACAUUGGCAAAGAGGGCCAGCACGAUGUCUUUGGAGAUAUUUCCUUUCUUCAAGGGAACUAUGAGCUCUUACCUGGAAACCAGGAGAAAGCACGCAUGGGCCAGUUCCCUGGACAUAGCGAGUUCUUACGGGCCAACAGCACCUCCGACUCUAUGUUCACAGAAACGCCCUCCCCAGUGCUCAAAAAUGCCAUCUCCCUCCCCACCAUCGGAGGGUCCCAAGCACUCAUGUUGCCCUUGUUGUCACCAGUGACAUUUAAUUCCAAACAGGAGUCCUUUGCGCCGGCAAAGCUGCCCAGGCUUAGCUGUGAGCCCGUCGUGGAGGAAAAGGCUCCAGAGAAAAGCAGUCUGUUGGAGAAUGGGACCGUGCACCAGGGAGACGUCUCAUGGGGCUCCAGCGGGUCCGCCUCGCGGUCCAGCCAGGGCAGGGACAGCCACUCCUCCAGCCUCUCCGAACCGUAUUCCGACUGGCCGGCCGAGGACAUGUUUGACCAUCCUGCCCCAUGCGAGCUCGUCAAGGAAAAGACUAAAUCAGAGGAGUCGCUCUCUGAUCUUACGGGUUCCCUCCUCUCCCUGCAGCUCGAUCUUGGGCCCUCAUUUUUGGAUGAGGUGCUGAAUGUCAUGGAUAAAAAUAAGUAACAGGAAGCCGCCAGUUCCUUUCCUCUGAGGUAGAAGGUAUCAAAAAAACUAACCACGGUUGAAGAGAAGAGCUUCACUGGCUACAUUUGCAGUUAUGUGAUGGGUUUUCUAAAAUCAUAUUCCUACAAAAUAUUUUUUAAUCUGUUAUGCCCUGUUUGCAAAAACAGUUUAAAAAAAAAAAAAAAAACCUGUCCUGGCAAAAAGAGGAAGUGAGUUAGUCAGAACCCAUUUUCGGCGGGCAUUGCUGCUGUUCAGCUCACAUUUUGUUUCCAGACACAUAGGAAAUCUGGCUGGGCCAGGAUUGGCACUAGCUGUGAAGGGCUGCGCGAGUUACAUUCAGAAGCUUUACUCCACAUUUUCUGAGCAAGAGGAAGUCAAAAUUUAUUUAACAUUUAAGCCUUUUUCUAGACUCUUUUCUAUAUUAUAUUGUUUGGGCUCACCAUAGCAAAUUCUUCAGUGUUAAAACUUCUCUCUGUUUUCACAUUUGAACAACUUUAUGGGUUUUGGGGAUUUUCUUGUAACUCUUAUAUAUCCCUCUAUAUUACUGUGUAUCUAUAUCACGAAAUUUUGACUGUCAGCUACAUGUUGGUAAGACACAAGCAAAGUAUUACUGUAACUAAGUUAUUUUUAAAGUUAAAAUAUAUUUUUAUGUGCCUUUGGCUUUUUAUUGCAGAGUCUACAUUUUAUAGAUAUUACAUCAAAAGUUGCCAUUUGACUUGUUUCCUUUGGGGUUCCAUUGUAAGCUGUGUAUAUGUAUGUUUGGAAAAGUGUAUUCCUACUUAGCUUUAUUUUUUUCCUUCAUCUGUUAUCAUACUUUUCACAGCAGCCAACAAUGGAUUGUAAAGUGUAAAGGCACAGGUUACCCAUGAUGCUUCUGCAGAGACUGUGGGUUAUACCACGUAAUGUGAUUUGGAAAUGUGGGUAUUUUAGUACAGUACAUACUUGCAUUACAUAGGUACUUCAUACAACACAAUAAAGAGUAAAUGUUAAAAUGAACUUGCUUGUUUAGAGUAAUAAAAAUGUUAAGAGAAUAGUAAUUUUUUUUUAAGUCCAGGGCCAGAAAAAUUGCUUCUCUGAAGUGUACAUGAGCAUUGAAAAUAAGGUAAGAGGUCAUUUCCAGCCACUCUUUAAUUUUGAUUAUUUCCCAAAGAUUUGAGAUUACAGAAACAUGGCCCCUCAAUUUUAGGAAAAAUGAACAUGUGCGAUAAGAAUUUGUGUUAAGUCAACAUUGAUGCCAACCUCUCAACUCAUUUCUGUGAAUCUCCUCCCUUACUUGAACUCACUCUACAGCAAACUCUUGUGACCCCAAUCCCACCCCUAUAGGACAGAUGUUUCCAUGCAGCAGGUGCCAUGUAGACAGGAUUGAGGCCAAAAAGAGGGCAGCAGAGAGCAUUUUCCCCCCAAGGAGCCAGAGAUGCCCUGAGGAUAUUGGUUAAGGAAACAGGAACAGGAAAUGUACACACCGAUUCCUGUCCCAUUGUCAACCACCCCUUCCCUCUCAAAGACAAACACUUGCACACAAUAACUUUCAAUUCUCCUUGAAAUGUAUCCCUGAAAUGACUUCCUCUCGCAAACACUUCCCUGUUUUCUUAACCAGGUUUGGAGUUGUUGCAAUUCCAUCACCUGAUCAUCUGAAAUAACCUUUGAACUGCAGAUGAAACACAGAUUAGAACAACUAACCAAGCAGAAGAGGAAACAAGUUUCCUGAGAGCGUUGAGUGCUUGCCUUAAUUCCCAGUUGCAUUUCUAUCCCACACUUUUCCAGUGUUCUUUCUCUGUGUGACCACACCCCACUCACAGUUCACAGUUCAAAUAGACUUCCCAGCCCCUUCUAAACCUUGUGAAUGAGAAAGAGUCUGAUGUAUCCCCUAAUUUUUAGCCAGGCUCUUUCAACACUUUUCCUCAUCUUAAUUAUUAUUGACCAUAUUCGUUCUCUCAUUUUACUCUUCAUCUGCAGCAUGACCUCCAGCAAAAGAUUAAACUAUUAGGUGAAAUGAUGAGGAAUGUCUGUGCAUUUCAGCUGCUCCCUCUGUGACAAAUAAGGAGAACAGCUCUGCCAGUCUUGGGUUUGUUUGAUAGAAUCUAAGCAAUAAUGCAUCCUUCCAGUUAUCUAGCCAUUAUACUUUCUCCAGGCCCUUUCACACAUAGUCUCUCCCAUUAGGUUAGGUAUAAUUGAGAUUAUACAAACAUGCCCCUAUUAGAGAUGAAACAAAGCCACAUCCAGCUUAUGAACGAUUUUGUUGAGUCAGUUCUCCUGUGGCCGCCCUUCUAAUGCCUGGUUCCUUCUCCAGGGAGCAGGGGCACAACUGGUGGUGGCUUUCUCCUGCAAAAAGGCACUUUUGACUUGCACCUGCUGAGAGCUGAUUUGAUGUUCUCAGCCUUUGAACUUUCUCCCACUUUUAACCUAAUUUAUCGUGAUGCACUUUAUUUGCAAACUCAGAAUGGCAAGCCACCUGUGACCCAACAACCAGAAAAGAGACUGUGCAAUUUGUAUAAGUAGAGACCUUUCGUGUUGUAGGCAAGGUUCUUGUGGGUGAUCUUUCCCCUGGGCAGUGAGACCUAACAAAGGACAAGAUAUAUUAUUUCUGCGUAAAAUUAUCUGCUUAAAAAUUUCAAAACUUCAGGUUUUCAAAACUUAGCUCUUCACAAAGUCAUUAAUUAUCACAUUUCAGUGAGUCAAUGUCACUGUCAACAAACACAAAAGAUUAAACUGGUUGAAUAGGCAAGAAAACCCAGGUCUCCAGAAUCACAGUCUAUUCCUUUCUAUGUUACUGAAAGUUACCAUUUUUUCUCAAGUCUCCCCACAAAACAUUUGAGUCAUGGAAUGGAGGAAGUCCAUGAAUUAACUUGACAAGUAUUUUAAAACACAAAAAAGUUAUAUUUUGUACACAAAUUAUACCUGGGACGUCACGUGUUUAUUCUGAUGGCACACCAUUUCAUCCAGCUGGACUUCCAUUCGAGAAUGUUUAAUUUUCACUUUGUUCUUAAAGCAAGUUCUUAAGAAGUAGGCCUAAACAUUUCUUUCUUGAGUUGUCAGAGAGUCAUUAUUCUGUGGUAAAAUGCUAUAAAGAACGUCACGUGGGAGAAUGGGAACUAUGCUCAUUUUAUGAAGUGAUGUAUAUAACACAAUGAAAUCUGUUUUACAAGUACUGUGUUGCGUUUAAUUAUCUUCCAUUUUUACUUUAAAAAUCCGAUAGUGAGUUCACUUCCCUUGGCUUCCAAGGGAGGUCAAUAAUCUUCGUCCUUUGAAGGUCAGCCAAAUUUUCUUCAUGGAAAGCAGAUUGACAUGGCUGAUAGAUAAAAACAUCUGCCCAAAUCAAAGCCACUGUGCAAAAUAGAGUUAAUAUUCCAGGGAUUCAUUGUGCAGAUAGAGAUGUCUGCCAUACAUCAAAAUGAGUGAGGCUGAACAAGUGAAGUGGGUAUUAUGCUCACCAUAAAAUGAUUGUUGGAGUAAGUCAGAAGGCAUGUGUGUGAUUCAUUGCCAAAAGAUUGUUGGGAAAAAAGAGCUUUGAGUUCUGGGGAGGGGGAGACCUGGGAUGGCUUCAUGGAAAAAGAGGACCCAAAUGGGGCCUUGAGUGACUGGUGACAUUUUUUUAGGGAGAGGGGCCAUACUCAAGAGGAAGAAGAUUAUGAACAAACAAAAGGAUACACUACAUCCUGGUAGGAUUUCUACUCAAAAUAGUCCAGAAACAGGGAUUGAAGUAGAAAAUGCUUAGUUCCAGGACUAAAAGAAUUGGGCCCAUGCCUGAGCGGUCUCACUCAGUGGAAUAAGAAGUGACUCAAGAAUCCGAGGCUGCUGAACAGGUGGUUCCCAGGGUUAGAAUUUUAUACGCAAUAAGCCACCAUCUUGUGAAAGCUCAUGCCCAGUCAAUAGUGCCUACGCUGUAACCUGAAUGCCGGAUUGGGGACACUUCAGCAGUGAGGCUGUUGGGUGUUCAGGGAAAGCCAUUUAUGACGAUGGAAGACGUGAAAGGGGCUAAGUAUCUCCUGAAAUGGCACCAGAUGAAACAAGUUCAUAUGACAGUCCCUGGACUGAACACACAAGCAGCUAUCCCACCAGCAGUACCCCCAGGGAGCUUCCUCACAAUCCCUCACCAC